CUGCCGGGAUCGCGUCUCUGUCCAUGAGGGGGGGAGGGGGUGGCGCGCGCGCCAUUUCUAGUCGUUUUCAAAGCGCCUCGCGCUGAUUCUCACGGGCCCGGCCGCCGGCCCCAGCUCUGCCCCGCAGCAUAAUAAAAUGGCUAAUCAGGUGAAUGGUAAUGCGGUACAGUUAAAAGAAGAGGAAGAACCAAUGGAUACUUCCAGUGUAACUCACACAGAACACUACAAGACACUGAUAGAGGCAGGCCUCCCACAGAAGGUGGCAGAAAGACUUGAUGAAAUAUUUCAGACAGGAUUGGUAGCUUAUGUCGAUCUUGAUGAAAGAGCCAUUGAUGCUCUCAGGGAAUUUAAUGAAGAAGGAGCUCUGUCUGUACUACAGCAGUUCAAGGAAAGUGACUUAUCACAUGUUCAGAACAAAAGUGCAUUUUUAUGUGGAGUUAUGAAGACCUACAGGCAAAGGGAGAAACAGGGGAGCAAGGUGCAAGAGUCUACAAAGGGACCCGAUGAAGCAAAGAUCAAGGCCUUGCUUGAGAGGACUGGUUAUACCCUGGAUGUAACCACAGGACAGAGGAAGUAUGGUGGUCCUCCACCAGACAGUGUGUACUCUGGCAUGCAACCUGGAAUUGGAACAGAAGUCUUUGUAGGUAAAAUACCAAGAGAUUUAUAUGAGGAUGAGUUGGUGCCCCUUUUUGAAAAGGCUGGUCCCAUUUGGGAUCUACGUCUUAUGAUGGAUCCACUGUCUGGUCAGAACAGAGGGUAUGCAUUUAUCACCUUCUGUGGAAAGGAAGCUGCACAGGAAGCUGUUAAACUGUGUGACAGCUAUGAAAUUCGCCCUGGUAAACACCUUGGAGUGUGCAUUUCUGUGGCAAACAACAGGCUUUUUGUUGGAUCAAUUCCGAAGAAUAAGACUAAAGAAAACAUUCUGGAAGAAUUCAGUAAAGUCACAGGUUUAACAGAGGGUUUGGUGGACGUUAUUCUCUAUCAUCAACCCGAUGACAAAAAGAAGAAUCGGGGGUUCUGCUUCCUUGAGUAUGAGGAUCACAAGUCAGCAGCACAAGCCAGACGCCGGCUGAUGAGUGGAAAAGUAAAAGUAUGGGGAAAUGUAGUUACAGUUGAAUGGGCUGACCCUGUGGAAGAACCAGAUCCAGAAGUCAUGGCUAAGGUGAAAGUUUUAUUUGUGAGAAACUUGGCUACUACAGUGACAGAAGAAAUAUUGGAAAAGUCGUUUUCUGAAUUCGGAAAACUUGAAAGAGUGAAGAAGUUGAAAGAUUAUGCAUUUGUUCAUUUUGAAGACAGAGGAGCAGCUGUUAAGGCCAUGGAUGAAAUGAAUGGCAAAGAAAUAGAAGGGGAAGAAAUUGAAAUAGUCUUAGCCAAGCCACCAGACAAGAAAAGGAAAGAGCGCCAAGCUGCUAGACAGGCCUCCAGAAGCACUGCGUAUGAAGAUUAUUACUAUCACCCUCCUCCUCGUAUGCCACCUCCAAUUAGAGGUCGGGGUCGUGGUGGGGGGAGAGGUGGAUAUGGCUACCCUCCAGAUUACUAUGGCUAUGAAGAUUACUAUGAUGAUUACUAUGGUUAUGAUUAUCACGACUAUCGUGGAGGCUAUGAAGAUCCCUACUACGGCUAUGAUGAUGGCUAUGCAGUAAGAGGAAGAGGAGGAGGAAGGGGAGGGCGAGGUGCUCCACCACCACCAAGGGGGCGGGGAGCACCACCUCCAAGAGGUAGAGCUGGCUAUUCACAAAGGGGGGCACCUUUGGGACCACCAAGAGGCUCUAGGGGUGGCAGAGGGGGUCCUGCACAACAGCAGAGAGGCCGUGGUUCCCGUGGAUCUCGGGGCAACCGUGGGGGCAAUGUAGGAGGCAAGAGAAAGGCAGAUGGGUACAACCAACCUGAUUCCAAGCGCCGUCAGACCAACAACCAACAGAACUGGGGUUCCCAGCCCAUCGCUCAACAGCCGCUUCAGCAAGGUGGUGACUAUUCUGGUAACUAUGGUUACAAUAAUGACAACCAGGAAUUUUAUCAGGAUACUUAUGGGCAACAGUGGAAAUAGACAAGUGAGGGCUUGAAAAUGAUACUGGCAAGAUACGAUUGGCUCUAGAUCUACAUCCUUCAAAAAAAAAAUUGGCUUAUCUGUUUCAUCUUUAAGUAGCAAUUUGCUGCCAUUUGUAUUGGGCUGAAGAAAUCACUAUUGUGUAUAUACUCAAGUCUUUUUAUUUUUUCCUCUUUUCAUAAAUGCUCUUGGACAUUAUUGGGCUUGCAGAGUUCCCUUAUUCUGGGAGUUACAAUGCUUUUAUCCUUUCAGGCUUCAUUUUAGCUUCAAAACAAGCUGAGCACACUGUUAAAUCAUGAUUUUGCAGAACCUUUGGUUUUGGACAGCUUCAUUUUUUGGAUUUGGGAUAGAUUACCUAGCAAUAUGGAGUAUGCUGUAAAUAAAAAUACAAGCUAGUGCUUUGUCUUAGUAGUUUUAAGAAAUUAAAGCAAACAAAUUUAAGUUUUCUUGUAUUGAAAAUAACCUAUGAUUGUAUGUUUUGCAUUCCUAGAAGUAGGUCAACUGUGUUUUUAAAUUGUUAUAACUUCACACCUUUUUGAAAUCUGCCCUACAAAAUUUGUUUGGCUUAAACGUCAAAGCCGUGACAAUUUGUUCUUUGAUGUGAUUGUAUUUCCAAUUUCUUGUUCAUGUAAGAUUUCAAUAAAACUCAAAAAUCUAUUCAAAACAUUA